UCAUAUGAAGAGAAAUGACAAAACGUUUAUGUUUACAAAUUGGAAGUUUAUGGUUACUGAGUUUGAAUUUAUGGUCUUAUUGAUAUUUAAUGUUCUGAGCUGUCCAUUUAUUUCUCAACCUUUUUGCUUUUUCUUCUCGUUCUUGGACUGCCUCUUUCCUUUUAAACAUCCAUUUGGCUCAAUUAAGAAAAUGCAGAAAACCAGUCUGGGUUUUUCCUUGGCUGAUUCAAGGCGACUUUGGACGUUUAAGUGAACAAUUUGUUUUGGCUAAGAAUUAGUACCAGCAGAAGCAAAUUUUUGCAUUCCUUUUACCUUGUUUGAUUGCCUUGUGAACUCUACGUAGGGAUGAGAACAUAUAAUGUAGAGACCAAUUCAGAAGUUAAUGGGGAAGUAGAGAAGGAUGGAGUUGGCCAUUUCACGUCUUGGAAGAAUCCGAUACAAAGAGCAUCAUAUACUGCCAGUCCUAGUGAAGCAGAAACAAAGGCAGUAAACUUAGUUCAUGAUAUGAGUGAGACCUUUCCCGCAUCUGAUGCACCGGAGCUGGUUGUUUUUAUUCAAGAGAGUGAUUAUCAGUCAAUCAAGGAUAUCUUCGUUGACAGGGAAGUUUCUUCAUGGAGUCGAUUGAAUAGAAGUGAAAAACCUGGAAAACCUCCAGGGAUAAUGUCCUCUAUUUCCAAUGAGAUUGAACAUGAUUUUCAGAAAUACGUAAGGAAAAGACAUGCUCUCGAGGACUUAAUGAAGGAUGGUGAAGAAGAUUCCGGUGGAAGAGACGAUCACUUGCAUGAUAAGUCCAUCAGAAAUAUGGCAUCCUGGACGUGGCACGUGAAAGAGCUCCAAAUAGGAGAUUCAGCUACAUUGAAGCCAAUGGAACCAUCUGUGACUAAAACAACGGAAGACCGAGGAGUGGAAGCCGAGAGUGGAAGCACCAUUCAUCUUUCUGAUCCAUCUUUAAAUACCAUGAGUAGCCUUGAGGAAUUUAUGCAAGGUUCAGGGUGUCAACAGCCACAUAAAACCGAGGGUUUAUCAAGGACCGAGGAUAGGAUGUCAAGAAGCCUAACAGGUUCUGGACAAAGCAUUGUCAACGAAAUUGCUCAUGACGAUUGUUGUCCGUUUACAACAAGUCCUCUUUCAGGACAGAUACCAUGUUCCAGCAGCGAUUCUCUGCGAUCAAGUAGUAGCACUACCAGCUCUCAUUCGUUUGCUUUCCCCAUACUGCCAUCGGAAUGGAGUGGCAGUCCAGUAAGAAUGGCAGAACCUGACCCGAAACGGCCGAGGAAGCACCAAAGUUGGAGAACAUGUUUUCUCUGCUGAUUCCAAAAGCAUCAUGCUUUUCAACAAUGGUGUGAUACUAAAUGAUAAAUCUAUAAAUGAUGCUCUUCAAUUGUCAUACAAAGAGUUCUUUUACCUUCCAACAAAUAAGACAAAGAUUGUCUUUUGUCUCUUUAUACUGUCAAUGACACGAGUUCAAAUUUAUACAAAUCAUCUGCUGUUCCAGAUUUGUAUUGUUUUAUGAAAGUUUUACCAGAGAAUCAGUAAUGUCCUUGAUUUUUGUCAAGGGAUUGAUGACCCAGUUUCUGCCGAGUGAAUAUGUAGGUAGUAGGAGAAUCAUACUCCAUAAUGCUCAUGUCCGAAUAUGUAUCGGAUAUGGACACUCUUGUACUAGGUAAUCAGGUUUUCAUCAAUGGUGCUUUUGAGUCCAUAGGUGGCUUAAGAAAACGGGCAGCAGUCGUCCUCGAUUUCGAC